CUUUUUCUUCUGACGAAGAGUACGCAGGCUCUCUCAAGUCAUAUUAUAGGUCUGUCUACCCUAUCCUCGCCCACCUUACUGGAGCACAACACCAUAAAGAUAAUGUAUGCAUCACUCAAAUUCGGAAACAUCUGUAAGCAUACCUAUUCCUGCUGAAUAACAAAGGGGGAGACAUCGCGUUUGUACUCUUUUCCAGACUUGGUUCCGAUAAUUUUUUGUGAUUUGUUGAAAAUGAACUGUGGGAUUUCCGCAAUAUGUGCCAAGCUUCUGCUGCAAGAUGUCAAAGGCAAAGCGAUGAAUGCGUGGCUGUUGCUAGCUCUUCUCGGAGUCUGUGUGGCGUCAUUUGGGCCCAGUACAAAGGAGGAUGAGGACUAUGAAGACGUCCCCAUAAAUAAGACCUGGGUUUUAUCGCCCAAGGUCUAUGAGAGCGAUGUCACCUUGAUCUUAAAUAGAUUGCUGCAGGGCUAUGACAACAAACUCCGACCUGACAUUGGAGUAAGGCCCACCGUGAUUGAGACAGCGGUAUAUGUCAACAGCAUCGGACCAGUCGAUCCUAUUAACAUGGAGUACACCAUAGACAUCUUCUUUGCCCAGACGUGGUAUGACAGUCGCCUUAAGUUCAACAGCUCCAUGAAAGUCCUGAUGCUCAACAGUAACAUGGUGGGAAAGAUCUGGAUUCCUGACACCUUUUUCCGAAAUUCUAGAAAGUCUGACGCCCACUGGAUCACCACUCCGAACCGUCUGCUACGACUGUGGAACAACGGGAGAGUGAUGUACACGCUGAGGUUGACUAUUAAUGCGGAAUGCUACCUUAAGCUGCAUAACUUUCCUAUGGACGAGCACUCGUGUCCGCUGGAGUUUUCGAGCUAUGGCUAUCCAAAAAAUGAGAUUCUGUACCGUUGGCAAAAGCGUUCUGUGGAAGUGGCCGACCAAAGGUACUGGAGACUCUACCAGUUUGCGUUCGUCGGUUUACGAAACACAUCAGACGUGGCGCAUACACAGUCAGGUGAAUAUGUCAUCUUGACAAUAUUUUUUGACCUGAGUCGGCGAAUGGGCUACUUCACUAUUCAGACGUACAUCCCCUGCAGCAUGAUCGUGGUGCUGUCAUGGGUCUCUUUUUGGAUCAACAAAGAUGCUGUCCCUGCCAGGACCUCCUUGGGAAUCACCACGGUGCUUACCAUGACAACGCUGAGCACCAUCUCCAGGAAGUCACUUCCCAAGGUGUCCUAUGUGACGGCCAUGGACCUGUUUGUGUCUGUUUGCUUCAUCUUCACGUUUGCUGCUCUGAUGGAGUAUGGGACUCUACACUACUUCACCAGCAACAGGCAGAGCAAGAAGGAUACGGACAAAAAUGCACCACAGAAAUCCAGCAGCAUGGUGAACAUUAGGCCAGGGACGUCACUGCUCCAGAUGAAUAACAUUGCCCCCUACCAAGACGAGGACGAUUAUGCCUAUGAGUGUCUGGAUGGGAAGGACUGCACCAGCUUCUUCUGCUGCUUCGACGACUGUCGCUCCGGAGCAUGGCGUGAAAAUCGGAUGCAUGUCCGAGUCUCAAAGAUCGAUUCCUACUCACGAAUAUUCUUCCCCACCGCCUUUGGCCUUUUCAACCUGGUCUACUGGAUCGGGUAUCUGUACUUAUAAAUCUAGUCUAGCAAAGAGGAGCAAUAGCCUUUUACUUCAGAGAAAACAGGUCAAAAUGUUUGUUUACUCUCUUUACUUGCUAUUCUCGGCACUGUUGACGAUAAGAUGGGAGGGGGGUGGGUGUCCUGCUUUGCAAUUUAAAGCCAGGAUAUAAAUGGAUAAAAUUGCUUAGUCUCACCAAUAUUUGAACUGCUCCCUAUGUUUGUAUCUGUACUAUUUUUCUAGGAGAUGGCUCACAGAUGAAUGCAGCUGUGAGAUUAGGUCAGAACAGGGCCAGACUCCGGGUCAUACCCACCAGCAAUUGCAUGAUGUUUGGUUCCUAACCUCUACGGAUUUAAUGCAUUUUAUAAAACGGGUAGUUUGGAUCCUGGAUGCUGGUUGGUUGACAGCAGGGAGUUAUUCAUCACAAUCCCUGGGUAAUGCCUGUUAACAGUUUCAUUUGAAUUAUCAAUGCGCAUCCACUGUCCCACAGUCCAGCCAGGCAAUUUAUAAAAAUAUAUAAACUCCCCUGGAAAAAAGUAUGUAGACAUUAUUUCCCCAAGCUACUAGGCUAGCAUUUGGUUUGUAACAGUUGGGGUUUGUCUAGACUCUAAACCUUGCUGCCUGCCUCUCCGACCUGUGCAACAAUGUUGCAGUUUAUUUUGCGAUCUGCACCGUGCCAUAGAGAGAAUGAACGUGACGAGACAGACAGCUUCUCUGAGCCAGGCAAACUCAUUUAUUAGGAUCAUUGUAAUGGAUAUAUCAAAAUAAAUGGCAAAAGAAACAAAGGUAAAACAAACGGAAAUGCAAAAAGUUUGCUGUUAUUUCAGCUGUUUGAUGUAAUUGUGUGUUGGCUUUAGUUGGCUAGCUAGCAAAGGACAAGUAGCUAGCCUGCAUGGCAACCUUUUUUUGCUUAGAACGUUUGGAAUGGACAACCAGCUCAUUUGUCUAGCAACUUCAGAAUCUCAGAACUAACAAUUGGCUUUUGCCUGGACUAUAUCCUCUGGUGGAAGGAUGAAACAAAACAAAUGUACUCAUUAAAAUAACAUUUUUAAUUAAAACUUUAAAUAUAUAUAUAAAAGCAAUAAGGCCCUUGAACCCGGGAAUUAUGGUAAAUAACACCCUCCUGAGGGCUGUUUCCACGGUCCUCCGCUCCGUGUUGGGCCUUAGAACAGCCCUUAGUCGGGAACUAUUCACACGAUAAUCCCCAGGUUCUCAUGCCUUAUUGCUUAAGUGAUACACAAAGGUUGUGUUUUACAACAGCCUGGUUUUGUAACCUGUAACUUAUUUGAAAUUGAAUAAUAUAUUUGAAUAUAUAAAUAUACACAAAAUAAAGUGUGCUUAA